AUGACAUCACUCAGGAAGAUACGACCAAGGUUAGUAAUCAGCGACUGGGACGAAACAAUCACGAAAAAAGAUACAAUCCGCCACGUCGCCUCGAUCCCCUACCACUUCAACCCCCAUCUCACCCCGCGCUUCAGCCACUACACCGAGAUAUACACCGACGCAUACACCACCUUGAGAUCAUCAUACGGGCCAUGCACGACACUAGCGGCACAUAUCGACUUCCAGUCUCGUAUGGAUGCGGUUGAAGCUACCUCGAUCACGGCAAUGGAGAAGGAUGGGAUAUUCCGCGGGCUAACUCGAUCCCAGCUUGAGCAUGCGCCAUCGUUGGAUUCGAUCGAGGUGCGGACAAACGCCGUCGAUCUCAUUGCGCGGUGUCAAGGCAGCAACGUGCCGUUUGUCGUCCUAAGUGCCAAUUGGAGCAGUUUGGUGAUCCAGCUGGUGUUGCGGCGGUGUGGUCUCCUGGGAGUGCGUGUUGUUACUAACGAAUUGGAAUUCGAUGAUCUGGGGGAGGAAGCAAGGACGACGGGGCGGUGGAGGCGCGAUGUGGUGGUGCGGACUUCGCGGGAUAAAUUGGCGCAAGUCGAGAUUUUGAUGCGACGAGCGGGCGUGCUGGAUAAUGUGGUUUACGUGGGGGACAGCUUGACUGACUUAUUGCCGGUGUUGAAUGUCAAGUACCCUUUUGUUAUCCUGGGGAGUAAAUUGGAGAAGGUGCUAAAGGAGUUGAAUGUCGAGGGUGUCACGUAUGGCACCUGGCUGGACUUCAUCCUGUUGAUAGACUGGUCUACUUGA